AUGUCGAAUGCUCCUCAGCAGUUUUCCCCAUCAGUUCGUGUCAAACAACUUUGUCCGUCCUCAUUUCUUUCAACCCAAACCCUCACCAUUUCACAGAACGCAUACAACAUGUCCGAUCAAUCAUCUCAACCAAGCAUUCAAUCGCUCCCAAAAGAGUUGCUAACUUACGUCAUAGAACUCUUGGUCGCCCAAACUGAGGGACCGAGUGACGACGCGGAAUGGACAUCCACCAUCUCCACCCAAUUCAUUAGCUUGUCAACAAUCAAAGAACUUCUCCAUUUACGCUAUGUUUGCAAAGAUUGGUGUGAGACUGUUACACCUGUUUUGCUUCAUUCUAUCUGUGUGAGAUCCCCAACCACGUUGGAAUCCAUACUUCAAAAUUGGAGGAAUUUGAUGAUCGGUCCAAAUCUUUCACCAGUCAAGCGACUUGCUUUUGAAAAUUUAUUUGAACCAAAGGCGUCACGCGGUGAAGACAUGUCUGAAAUUCUCGAUUACCCUACAAUCUCAAUCCAUCAGGCUACACGAUUGAUCGAAUUCCUCGGUCGAAACUUGAUGGAGUUGAAAUUUGGGGAUUCCUAUUCGAUGGGAUUUCCACCAGAUAUGAUCAAAGCCAUUGAACAAAUCAAAGGUUUGAAAACAUUGACUGUUGAAUGGCUUCAUAGGCAACCGAUCGAAUUUGAUGACGGUUUAGAAUCCUUACCCUAUCUGCUCAACGCUACUCCAAACCUAGAAGCUUUGGCAUUGCGAGUUGGUCAUCUGGACGUCUUAACUUUACAACCCCAAGCUUUAUCAAAUUUGAAAUACUUUUUAUUUACUCAAUUGGGUACCAGCACAGAUGCACUUGCUCACAUAUGCAAGCAUAUCAAAAACACCGUGAAAGUGAUUGAAUAUGACUCAACUGGUCACGAAGCAGACUUGGAAAGUUUAUAUGAACCAUUGAAAGACACCUUGGAAGGUCUUUUUACAAAUCGGACCCCAUGUGACCUUCCAGCUCCUAUACUUGAUUGGAACUUUCCCAAGCUCCGUGUGGUCCGUAGUCUUUAUUGGAAGGCAAAUCCUGACACACCAACUCCUUUAUGGCUUCAAUUACCAAUCUUCAAGAACGUUCGAACUCUGGUCACAGUCUAUGGUUCAGCACAAAAGAAUUGGGCAAACAUGUUGCGUAGCGUUGCAUAUGACUACCGUCCCUAG